UUUAGUUCAGUUAUAGUAAGUGUUUCAUUCGUUUUAAUAUAUCGAGCGCUAAGUUUAUUUAAAAAUGUUUGAUAGUCCCAACGAACGUACGACUCUAAUAGCAAAAAAUUCAACAAAAGAUUUAGAAGAAAGUGAUUUCGAAGAAACUGAUACAGAUGACCAACAUAGUAAUACCUCCUCCAAUUCAAAUGCUAAUGGAGAUGCACAUAGUGAUUCAGAAGUGGAAGAUUCUACAGAAGAGGUUCAUACAUUUAGAUGGAGCCGUUUAAAGUUUUACUUGAUAGAGCCAAUGGUAUUAAUAUUGCUGUUUGCAUAUAAUUUGUCAUCGACAAUUUUAAAAAACCAAAUUAUUUAUCAGACAUGCACAGCUGUAUUUUUAUAUAAUGAUACCGAUUGCAAACUGCUUUCAACCAAAAAUGCAAGUGAACAUACAAAGCAAAUUGAAACAAUUGUUCAACCAUACGCUGCACGAGUAUUUAUGACAACAACUAUUAUAGAAUGUAUUGUGCCAGCUUUAUGUGGUUCUUUCAUAGGAUCAUGGUCCGAUCGUUUUGGUCGAAAACCUUUACUGGUAACUGCAUUCACAGGGUAUACUCUGUAUUAUGCGGUGAUAGCAAUUGUUUGUUAUAUAUCAACAAUGUCGUUACUUAGCCCUUGGUAUUAUCUAUUAGCAGUUUUGCCGCAUUCAAUUUUAGGAGGUAGUGUAACUUACAAUGUUGCGGCAAUUUGUUUCAUUUCUGACGUUUCCACAGCGGAAGAAAGGCCCUAUCGUAUGACAAUAUAUGAAGCUGCUAUAUAUAUUGGACUAAUGUUGGGCUCUUUUACUGCCGGAUUUUUAUAUGAAGCAACUAAUGCAACUAUUGUUUUUACAGUAUCGGCUAGCUCCAUUGCUUUUGCUACUGUAAUUCUCCUGAUCUUUCUACCAGAGAGUUUAAACUUGCGCCAAGCGCAGCCUAUAGUUGAA